CGACGAGGGCUGGCUCUUUAAGGUCCCGGCUGCAACGGAUUUUCGGGAGGUGCCGCUGAGCGGGGAUGGGCCCGGGUGAGACCGGCAAUUGCAGGGCGACGUAGGGGCAGGUGGCUCUCUGCCCAGUCCAGCACCAUGCACACACUUGUGUUCCUCAGCACACGGCAGGUGCUUCAGUGCCAGCCAGCUGCCUGCCAGGCCCUGCCCCUGCUGCCACGAGAGCUCUUCCCCCUGUUAUUCAAGGUGGCCUUCAUGGACAAGAAGACAGUUGUGCUGCGUGAGCUGGUGCACACAUGGCCCUUCCCACUACUUAGUUUUCAGCAGCUACUACAGGAGUGUGCCCAUUGCAACCGAGCCUUGCUGCAGGAGCGGCUCAGCACAGAAAGCAUGCACGCUGUGAUCCUGGGGUUGACUGCCCGGCUUCACACUCCAGAAAGAGAGGCUGGUACACAACCCUUUUGCAGGAAGCAUGCACUGCGGGUGCUAGACAUAACUGGUCUUCUGGAUGACGGUGUGGAGCAGAAUCCUGGAACCAUGAGUAUGUGGGACUGCACAGCAGCUGUAGCCAGAACGUGUAUUGCCCAGCAGCAGGGUGGGACUGCUGAAUCAGGGCUGUCACUACCAGUCCCUGUGGAAGUUCGUGUAGACCUUCGGGUAAAUCGGGCCUCCUACACAUUCCUUCGCGAGGCACUCCAAAGUAGUGUGGGUAGCCCACUGAGGCUUUGCUGCCGGGACCUUCGGGCUGAGGAUCUACCCAUGCGCAAUACUGUGGCCCUGCUGCAGCUUCUAGAUGCAGGCUCUCUGCGCCGAAUAGACCUGCGCUUCAAUAAUCUGGGCUUGCGUGGUCUGUCUGUCAUUAUCCCACAUGUGGCCCGCUUUCAGCACCUAGCUAGCCUGAGGUUACACUACGUGCAUGGGGACUCGAGGCAGCCUUCUGUGGAUGGUGAGGACAACUUUCGCUACUUUCUGGCCCAAAUGGGCCGCUUUAUCUGUCUUCGGGAGCUCAGCAUGGGCUCUUCUCUUCUUUCAGGCAGGCUGGACCAAUUGCUCAGCACCCUGCAGAGCCCCCUGGAAAGCCUAGAGCUGGCCUUCUGUGCAUUGUUGCCUGAGGACCUCCGCUUCUUGGCUCAGAGCACUCAUGCUACCCACCUCAAGAAGCUGGAUUUGAGUGGCAAUGACUUGUCAGGCAACCAGUUGAUACCCUUCCAGGGUCUGCUGCAGGCAGCUGCAGCCACAUUGCUGCAUCUUGAGCUGACUGAGUGCCAACUUGCUGAUGCCCAGCUGCUGGCCACACUGCCCACCCUUAUUUGUUGUGCCAGUCUCCGCUACCUUGGUCUCUAUGGCAACCCUUUGUCUAUGGCAGGACUUAAAGAGCUGCUUCGGCACUCUGUGGUACAGGCCGAGCUACGCACUGUAGUACACCCCUUCCCUGUGGAUUGCUAUGAGGACCUUCCUUGGCCACCACCUGCCUCUGUCCUUUUGGAAGCCUCCAUCAAUGAGGAGAAGUUUGCCCGUGUAGAAGCUGAGUUGCACCAAUUGCUCUUAGCUUCAGGCCGUGCCCAUGUACUCUGGACCACUGACAUCUAUGGGCGCUUGGCUGCAGACUAUUUUAAUCUCUGAUCUCCAAAGUAUUGAUGAGAUAGGUCAAGAGCCUUUGGGAC